AUUUGGAAGCCAGCUUGCAAAAUGUCUCAAUAAUAAUUGAGAAUAAUUACUAUUAAAAUUUUGUGUUCCGAGCUGUUUUUAAUAAAUUGUUACAGCUUGAAAUAUGCGCUCCUACUGCCGCAUCUGUUGUCGGGAUGAUUUGGACAGUUCUCUUCCGCUGUACCAUCGCUCUGAAAUUUCCUCCGAAACGGUAUUGAAUAUGAUGGCGUUUGUCACCGGAUUGAAGGUGAACCAAGGAGACGGCUUACCCCAGCAAAUUUGUCGGAUUUGUCUCGGACAACUUCUGAUCAGCUACGAGUUGAAGCGAACCAGUAUCGUGUCCCAGUCGUAUUUCCAAAAGUUAUUACUGCCACCAGACAAUUUGCAGGCGUAUCCAGCAUGUGAUGUGAAACUAGAGGCCACCGUUGAACGGGAAACCUUGGAAUCAAGAGAUGUUGCCUUGGAGGAAGGGAUGGUAAGGGAUGAUGAUGAUGAGGGCGAGGUAAUGUUCUUUUGCUGUUGGAAUGAAUCAUGCACGGAGAACUUUAAAAGCGAGGAUCAAUUGGUCGAACACUUUAUGAUUCUUCAUAAGCAAGCUAAAGAAUUGAAUGAAGUUGUAAGGGCGAACGAUGAGUUCGUAUGUAUUAUUUGCGCUCGUGGUUUCAACGAUGAAAAAGAACUACUUCAGCAUAGUAUGCAAGUGAAGAGGAAGGCUUUUAAAUGCGAUGUUUGCUAUUUCAUCACUUAUGAUCAAGCGGAGCACAAAUUUCACAGUAGGUCACAUUCGAAGUUAUUCCGCUGUGUUUGCGGAUUUACGACAAACAGGAAGUUCAGUCUCCAGCGACAUUUGGUGUCCUUAUGCUGUGAAGAGAUUUACGGGAAAAAUGCCAGCUUUGUACCGGUUAAAAAACAACGCUCGCGUCGCGUGAAACAAGCAUUGCCAGCACGGAGGGAAAAAUGCGACAUAACGCGCAGUGAAUUGAUCUCAAUGGGCUUUUCUGUGAUGGCAACUAGAGAUCCGAGUAAGUUUUACUGCUGCAUCAGUAAGUGUGAAGUGGUACAAGACUCCGAAUUGCAGUGCGUUCAGCAUUACGAAAAGACACAUACGGAAGAACUGCAGCAGUCAACCACAGACGAAUCGAAUGAAAAAGAAGGGGUAAAAUGUAAAAUCUGUCGGAAGGUUUUCCAAACUGUGAAAGACUUGCAAAUUCACCGGGAAGAUUCGUUUCAACCUUUGUUCCAGUGUAACACCUGUGGAAACGAUGGCUUCACGAGGGAGACCGCGUUGGGGCACUCAGAGAGGGCUUGCACAGUGAACAGAUUCACCUGUCCGUGCGGAUUCUUAACGGACGAGCCGUCAUCGUUGACUAUACACUUCAACUCUGGAAUGUGCAAUCGUGGCUUUGGCUUGCUAGAAGAGAUGAAGAAAGAGGACACAAUAAAAGUGCUUCCGGUUUCUAAUGCAGAUCAAGAGGAAGUCAGCAACCUGUCAACAACGGAACAGCAAAGCGAUGUCAAGCGUUACAUUUGUAAACACUGCGGUGCAUCAAGAAAAAGCGAGAUAAGUUUGAGAAAUCACCAGCGACUGGAAAAGAUGCGAACUCUCCGCCAGCAACUUUCCUUUGACUCUGGUAGAGAGGUGGACGGAAUUCCAGGCAAAAUGUACAACUGCAAAUGGUGCAAUGAGCCUACCAACAACCUCACCCAUCUUAUUCAAUGUAUGGCGAACAAGAAGGAAAAAUUGCGUUGCAAAAAGUGCUACCUGAAGUUCUUUUCCAAGAGGAGAUUAGAACUUCACUACAUGCGGGGCUGCCGCGCUCUGCCGACCAAGACCAAGCUACUCAACUAUAACUGUCCGUACUGUGAGAGACGGUUCUACCAUCCCAGUGUCCUUGAGAGACACGUCACCAUGGACCAUCGAAUCGACUGGAACCAGCGGGAAUUGGAUCCGACUCGCAAGUACAUUUGCACCACCUGUGGAUUUCGGUUUCGGCGAAAGUUUUGCCUGAAUAGACAUAUGAUAGUGCAUAGUAGAAAGCGCGAUGAAGCGACACAGGAUACGUUGAAUAAGGUCGAUAUAAUUUAAUACUACCAUAAUAACAAUUGUUAGAACGUUUGUCAUAAUAAAUUACGUAUUACUCCGAGUCAGUCGAACCGAAAUAGGUUGACUGUAUGGGAGGAACUU